UGGUUUCAUCACUACAGCACAAAUGAAGCAAAAUCAUUCUACUUCCCACUGGCAUAUAAAGAGAAUCCAAUAUCUUUUUUGGACUGUCAGAAAGAAAGCAUCAGGAAUCUGAGAUCACCCAAUGUUCGACGGAUUGGUAUCUUGAAGGCUAAGAGGUUGAAAAUAGGGGACAAAGUGAUUCAUGGACACGUAAAAUCUCAGGAUGAAGGGAUUUUGAAGGUUAUUAGGAAAAAGGUGGAUGUUCAGAGGCAAACAGGGAUUAUACAGAAGGAUGGGUUGUCCAAGGGACAA